GAAAAUGCCUAUCUAUGCUUUAUGAGUUGUGCAUAAAGGCGUCUCUAAUUUUUCUAUUUUAUUGAUAAAUAAGUAUAUUUUGAAAAAAGAAAUGUGCAAUUUAUGUACCUGUUCUGAUAAUGUUCGAAUGAAACAAUCACAUUUUAUGAAAAGAAUUUUCAUUUUUUGUUUAUAAAUACAUAUUGCACAUCUUGACAUCAAUGGCCGAACAGAGUGUUAAUUUCGAGGAAAACAAUUUGAUUUCUUUCCUUAAUACUGACCAAAAUGUCGAAGAUACCAUGAUGAAUCCUGUAACUGACAUGGAUCUCAAUUCGGAAACGAGCAAUAAUAUGAGUGAAAUGAUGACUGAAGAACAAACUAUAGAGGAACAAUCAGAUAACAUACUUUCAGCAGAGAGUGAUCACGACCAAUCGAAUAAAGAAUCAAUUGAAACAAGCAGUAUUUCUGUUAAUGAACCCGGUCCAGAAGUUGAGAGUCCCACAACUGGAGAAGUAUUUACUUUUAAGUGUGUGUUUUGUGAACAAAUAUUAACCUUUUCCGAUGGCCCAAAGUUAUUGGAAUGCCUCCAUAAUUCUUGCUCCAAUUGCAUCAGUAGCAAAUUAUAUGAUCAAAGCAUAGGAGUCUCUGCUAGAGGCGCAAUUGAAUGCACCCUUUGUAAUCUUCCAUCUGGACAAGAUAAAAUUAUUGAAAAUCAAUUUCUAUUAGAAGCUUCCAAUACAGAUGAAACUUCAAAUUCAAGUGCAUCUAAAACAGCUGAUUUGAAAUGUAGUAGUUGUUCUGAAGAUAUAAUAGCAACUUGUUGGUGUGUGGAUUGUGCCGAGUUUAUUUGUGAUAGUUGUGUUCAAGCUCACCAGAGGUUGAAAAUAACUAAAGAUCACACAAUAAAACCUAAAGAUGAGGGAAUUAUGGAGAUCAAUAACGCAUCUAAUGGAAUAGGAGUUAAUCUUUUCUGUGAGAUACAUCCUCAUGAAAAACUAUCACUAUUUUGCGAAAAUUGUGAUAAAUUGACGUGUCGGGAUUGCCAGUUGAUCGAGCACAGAGAACACAAAUACAAGUUCACUAAUGAAAUCGCUUCUGAGGCUAGGAAAUAUAUCUCAGAUAUGUUAAAAGAUGUUGGUUAUAAGAGAGUACUGCUGUCAAGUGCAAUGAAAGUGAUUGACGAUAGACAAACAUUAAUAACGGAGAAAAAACAAGCUUUAGUGAAGGAAAUAACGCAAUUGGUAGUGAAGCUUACGAACACUAUCAAUGUUAGAGGUAAACAAUUAGUUGCGAAACUGAGUGACGUCUGUGAAGCGAAACAAAAAACCUUGAAUGAAAAAAAACAAGCUUUGGAACAAUUAUCGAAAAUGACAGAUUAUUGUAUCAUGUUCACCCAGCAUGCUUUGGAAAAGGGGAGUGAUUUAGCGUUGUUGUAUAGUAAAAAACAAGUGACUGAACAUUUGAAGAGAAUAAAGUGUAGGAGGGCUGACAUCCCGAACCCUGAAAUUCCUGUACGCAUCCAUUUAGCUCUCGACAAGGUACCAGAAUUAGUCAAAGUUAUGUCAACGAUAGGACAGAUAGUUGUCGAUGGCAGAAUAUACCCCCCACCAGAACAACAAGCACCCCAUCAGCAACAAAACCAAAUGAACAUAAUCGCCCCCAUGGGAUCCCAAAGUCCGGGGCAUAACAGACCACCUCAACAGCCAUCUCCAAUCGGACAAAUCGUCCAACAGAAUUCUCAUGGCAACUUUCAAGCUGCCAAGCCGCCGCCUUACAGAGCCCCAUUCAAUAAUAAUCAACAAUUUCAGCAUCAAAACAUUUCACCGAAUCUAGCUCAACAGAAUCCGACCAUUCAACAAGCAUUAUCUCCGAACCUGCAACAUAACAAUCCGAAUAAUAUGGGAAUGCAUAGAAUACAAAAUAUGGGUCCACCGGCUAUGGUUCCUAUGUCGUCGCAAGGUAUUCUCGCUCAGCAGUUAAACAAUAUCGGUAUGAUGAGCAGGAUGCAGAGGCCGCAAAUGCAGAGACCUUUAUUGACUAGAGGACCGAACAACUCUUUGGGAUUGACACAUCAACAACAAGUUUCCUCUUCUACUCAUCCACAGGCUUUGUUACACGAUCGAAGUGCUCUGAGGGGACUCCUGCAACACAAUUCCAAUCCAGUCUAUGUACAGACCGGUCCUUCUCAAUACCAGGCAAUACAACCAGGUCCUCAUUUGGCUCAAUUCCACGCUAGAUUUUCCGGGCAAGGUCAACAACAAAAUCAGGCCACGGCACAAGUGCAGGUGUACAGACAGCAAAAUCCUAAUAAUAUUAUAAUACCAGCUAAUAAUCAGAAUAGGCAUUAUCAGCAUCUGCAACAGGCUCAGCCACAAAUGCAAAGAAUGAAUUUCCCGGCACAAGGUGCGAAAUGGCACAUACCUCAACAGAGCAUCAACGAAUCAGGUCCUAGUGGUAACAGGAACAUGUCUCUACCUGCAAUCAAUGACAAUUUCAAAAUCACCCUAAAACAACAAAACCAUACCGAUAAUAAUAAGAAUCCUGCAGCUACGGUCACCUCGACGAUUCCUAAAACUCCCAGUCCCAAUCAUAUUCAAGGAAGAAGCGACACUGAACGGAACCUGGAUAAAUGUUGUGAGGAUUCAGUGAACGAUUUGAUGGCGACAAUUGCGAAAUUAGACUCCAAUGGUGUUCAAGUAUUGGCCGAAGGCAGACAAAAAUCUGGGGGAUCGCCGCAUGUCGAUAGUUCCACAGGUGAUGCUGCCCCGAUGUGCAAAGUGAAGCCGGAAUGUCUCGAUACGGGCAAGGAUGAUCCAAAUGAAGAUUGGUGUGCUGUUUGUAUGGAUGGGGGUGAACUCGUUUGUUGCGAUAAAUGUCCCAAAGUUUUUCAUCAGUACUGUCAUAUCCCGAAUUUAAGCGUGGAGGAGACGGGUGAUACCUGGCAGUGCCUGUUGUGUAUGAACUUUGCUGAUAUUCCAGAAACGGAGAAAAGAGACGGGGAAUUGUCUCUUAAAGAGAGGAAAAAAGCCGAAAGACUAGUUUUGGAAUUAUAUUGUCAAUAUGAUCCUAGUUUACCUUUUAGAGAAGUUAUUGGUCCAGAUAAUAUUGAUUAUCAUGCUAUCAUAAAAAGUCCUAUGGCGUUAGAUAAUAUUAGACAGAAGCUAAAAUGGGACUUGGACGAACGAUAUCGAUCUUUGGAAGAUUUGGUUCGUGAUGUUAGGCUCAUGUUUAGAAAUGCCUACAAUUAUAACUCUGUUGAUUCACUUGUUUAUCAAGACGCUAAAACUCUAGAAAAAUUCUUUGAUGAACAGUUGGAAAAAUUCCUACCAGAAUACGCUUAUGAAACUUUCGAAGAGGAGAAUGGAGCUCCCCCUUUAAAGAAAUUAAGGAAAACCGUGAAUGAUUGACAAAUAGUUCAUGGUGUAAAUGAUAUAACUUAUUUUUCGUUAUAGUUGAAAAAUGAUUUGUCUGAAUUGAUCAGAAUGGUUAUUGAGGGUUUGUAAAGAUUAUAUACAUUAUAUAUAUAUAAAUAUGAUUGUUAGAGAUGAAUACCUUAGGCAUAUGGAAUCCUUGAAAUGUUAGUUAUUAAAAUUUAAUAAUUCGACGAAUAUUAAAUUAUUUUCAUUAUACCCAAUAUGAAAGAUUCGAUCAGACAUAAUAUUGUAGCUAUGAAAAAUUUAUGAGAUUCUGCUUCUCCUUUUAUUAGGUGAAAUCUUCAAUUGUUUUAUUAUUUUAAAUAAUUAUUUUAUUACUAUUGCUUAUUAUAUAUAUUCUGAUUAAAAGUU